AUGGUUACACUUCAUGAUUUAACUAAACGUACAAAUGAACAAGAUCAAAUUAUAAGUGAACUACGAAAUCAAAUUUGUGAUUAUCAACAUUUGGAAAAUUAUAUACAAAAAAUAGCUAAUGUUAAUAAUCAAAUUGAAAGCAAAAAUUAUGAUUGCAAUGAAGCAAUAGAACAAGUAUCUUCAGAUUCAAAGGGUGAUACAAUAUCACUGUUUAGUGACUUACUAAAUUAUAAUGAAAAUGAUUUGAAAAGUAUAAAAUGUUCAUCAUCCAUUAUGUCGUUGCAAUCAAUUGUGGUUCGCCUUGAAAUGUCCCAGAAAACGUUCGAGAACUUACAAAAACGAUUAAAUGAUUGCAAAUGCGAUGAAUAUUAUAAAGAAAUCCAAAGGUUACAAGAUGAAAAUAUGAAUUUACGAAAAAUCACCGAUAAUGGAAUAUUAACUCGAGAAACUUUUUUAAAAUUAUAUGAUGAAUUAUCAAACGAAAUGGCUGAAACUAAAACAUAUUUGCAAUAUUUACAGGAUUUAUUGAAACAUGACACGUAUACAGAUGAUUUAGAGGCAAAAAAUUGUACCCUCUCGUCCACAAUACUAGAAAUGGAAAAAUGUAUAGAGUGUUUGAAAUUAGAACUUGCUGAGUUUACAAAUAAGGCAAAUACAGAUGAAACCACCUCUACCCAGUGUAUUGAAAAUCUAGAAACACUUUUGAAAGAAAAGGAAUUGGAGGUUAAUUGUGUGAGAACUCAAUUAUUAACAAAAGAAUGCAACAUAACAAGACUGGAAACAGUCAACAAAAGUUUAACGGACAAAAUUACACAAUUACAAGAAAGGUUGGAAACGGUUAACAAUGAUCUAACGGAUAAAAUCACUCAAAUGCAAAAAUUGGAAGCAUGUAACCAAGAAUUAAUGGAUAAAAUAACACAAUUACAAGAUCAUUGUACUAAAACAUAUGAAAAACAAUGUAUUUAUGAAAACUUAAUUGAUAAAACUGUUUCGGAAAUGUGUGAUUGUAAACAAACAUAUGAAACCAUACAAGAAAAAGCGGAGUGGUUGAGACAAUGUUUAACCCAUAAAUUUUCAGAGAUUAGUGAAAUGCAAAAAAAUUCACAAGUAUGCAACGAGACAAUUAGUUUAUUGCGUAAACAACUUUCUGAAGAAAAACAAAAAUAUUACGAAGAUAUGGAAAAAGUUUCAUCGACUGUAACAAAGCUUGAGUGUAGAAUAGAAAACGAACUAUUAAGAAAUAGAAGAUUAGAAAGUGGUAUUUCAUUUAUAAGAAAAGAAUUGGAGCACCGUCAACAAAUCGAACAACAAUUACUUGAGAAAUUACGAAACCAACAAAAAUCGAUUCAAAAAUUGGAAUCGUUGCAAUGUGUUGAAAAAGAAUUACAUGAUAAUCGAGAAUGUGCACAAAAAUUAGCAGAGGAUAAUUCAAUGUUAAAAGAAACAGUAAAUAAUUUGAGAGAAUGGGCUGUUAAAUUACAAAAUAACUUUAAUGAAAGGUGUUCAUGUCUUGAAGAUGAUAAGCGAGUUUGUGUAGAAAAGUUAACCGACGAAAAUUCAAAUCUUAAAAAGACAAUUGAUGAUCUGAAAGAAGGGUAUAUGAAAUUACAAGAUGAAUAUAAUCAAAAGUAUUCAAGCCUAGAAGACGAAAAUAGGGUGUGUACCAAAAAUUUAACCGAAGAAAAUGUAAAACUAAAAGAAACAAUAAAAGCUCAUAUUGAGAAAAUGGCCAUAUUAGAAGAUGAAUUUAAUAAAAAGUGUGCAUGCCUUGAAGAUGAUAAUCGUGAAUGCAUAAAUAGUUUAAAUGAAGAAAAUUUAAAUAUGAAAGAAACAAUAAAAGAGUUGAAAGAACGAAUUGUCAACUUACAAGAAGAAUGUAAUAACAAGUGUAGAUGUUUAGAAGACAAUUUUAAUAAAAAAUGCACGUGUUUAGAGAAUGAGCUACAAAACGCAUCCAAAAAAAUAAUCGAUAAAGAUCUUCUUAUACAUAAUUUAAGAACUCAAUUAAAUAUUAUAGACACUGAGAACAAAAUUGAGAUUGAAAACCAUCAACGAAAUUUAAAAGAAAAAGAGCAAUUAAUCAAAGAUUUGAAAGCUACAUUAGCACGAAAAUUCGAUGAAUACUCUACAACCAUGAACGAUUUAUGUGAAGCUAUUGCACACAAAGAAAAUCAAAUUAAAGAUUCAUCUGCAAAACAUGCAUCAGUGUUAAUGGAAAUGGAAGCGAAAUAUCAUAAUAUGGAGGUAAUCAAGCGACAGUUAAAACUCGAUAAAAUGAAUAAUAAAUAUAUAAAUAUUAUCAGUGAAAUACAUCGAAAUUACGAUGUAAUUGAAUCUAAAUCACAACAUGAGCUAAAUGAUUUAGAUUCAAUAUUAAAACACUUACAAAAUAAAUUAUGUGAUAAAGAAAAAUUAUUAAAAUCGAAUACCGAAGAAUUGUUUUUACUGCGAUUACAAUUAAACGAAAGGAAUUUAAUUAUUGAACAAUAUAAAAGGGAACAACUGCUUUUAAAAAAUGAAUUAGAAUCCGCAUUAAAUGAACUCGUUCAAUAUGAAGAAAAAUUAAAUGCGAAAAAUAAAAUUGUUGAGAAUUUACAACAAACUGUUGAUUUAACGAAAAAUAAUUUGAUAAAAGAAUUACAAUCAAUAAACAAUACCUCAAACGCAUAUUAUCAAUCGAUUAAUAAUGAAUUAGUUGACUUAAAAUUACAUUUAAACGAAAAAGAUAAAAUCAUAGAGCAAUUAAUUUUGUCACAUUAUCAUGCUGAUAAUGAGUUAAUGACACAAUGCCAAUACGUUGUCAAUCAAUGCAAGAAUCAAAUUAAUGAAAACGAAAAAUGUAUUGAAAAUUUACAGAAAACGCUUGCUUAUAAAGAACAACAAUUGGGUAUAAGCAACACUCCUAAUUUUUGCCCUAAUUUAGCGAAUGAAAUUACGGAGAAAAAACAGUUGCAAGAUGAAUUACAAGCAAAGAGUGAAAUUCUUGCAAAAUUUGUGGGCACCACUGAAGAUCAGUGCAAAAGUAGAGAAAAUGAAUGGAUGUUAAAAUUCCAACAAUUACAAUCGACAAAUUAUGAACUUGAACGAAAAAUUAACCAUGUAGAAAGUACAAACUCAUUACAACUGAAUACAAUUAACAAUUUACAAAAUCAACUAAAAGAUUUACGUGAUGAAUUAAAUAAUAAUCAACAAUUGAUUGAAACAUUGAAAAACUCUUACGAAAACGAUUUAAAUAAAUUUUUAAAACAACAUAAAAUUGAAGUGAACGAUUAUAAUAAACGAUUGUUUGAGAAAAUUAAAGAAUCUGAAGAAAUUAAAUUAAGUUUUGAUAAAUUAUUAAAAAAAUUUGAACGCUUACAGCAAGCAAAUCUUGAUGAAAAGUCAGUUUCACAAACAACAGAAGUAGGUCCUUGUUGUUUGACAAGAGAAGAGAAACUAUCAUUAAAUGAAAUUCAGGAUUUAAAAAUUGAGUUAACUCGAUUAAUGAGAGUUUAUAGUUUGAUGAAUAAUGGUUUAGAAAGUUACAGAAGUCAUGUCAACUAUCAGAAUGCUCUAAUAAGCCAAUUACAAGAUCAUAUCAAAGAAUUUGCUGAAUUAUAUGAAAAUCAAAAUACCACACAAAAUGUUCGAAAGGAUUAUACAAAGAGUUAUUUGAAUAUAGUUGAGACUUUAAAACAAUCACGUUCUCAACUUUUUGAAAUCGAUGAUGAAAUAAAAAGAAUGGCGUCUGAACCAUUUAAAUGGGAUUGUAAAGAUGAUCUUAAAGAUAAGGAUAAGUGUAUUCAGCAAUUAGAGGAAGAAAAAGCAGAAUUAAUGGAAGCAUUGGGAAAGUCAAAUAAAACUAGUUCAUUCUAUAUUGAGUUGCAGAAAAAUUUUGAAAUGGAAUUAAAUAAAUGUAAUACGGCAUUGGAAGAAAAGGACAAAAUGAUUAAAGAUUUUCAAGAAACACUAAAAUGUCAACAAUGUAAAAUGAAUAAAAUUCAGGAUCAAAAUGUCACACUUACGAAUCAGAUAAAAGAAAGAGAACAUUUGCUAAAAUCUUACGAAUUAGAUAUGAAAUCCAUCAAGGAUUUAACUAAUCAAAAUGAUAAUGAAAUACAACAUUACCGGCACCAAGUAAUUGAACGCGAUGAAAGGAUUAAAGAAUUAUCACAGACUAUAUCGAAUUAUAAAAAUAUAUCGUUAGAUGUAAAUUACUUACAAAAUGAAUUGCUCGAAAAAGAUCGUAUAAUCAAAGAACUAGAGGAUGAAUUGCAAAUACGAAAUAAUCCGUGUACACAAACGAAUGGACGUUUGUCAUACGAAAUUAAAGAAAAAGAACAUGUGAUUGAAACAAUUAAAAAACGUUUCCAACAUGAGUAUCAAGAAAUCAUGAAUGAUUUCAAUGAAAAUUUACGCCGUAUCGAUACAUACGAUGAACCGUUCUUUGAUCGUUAUAUGAAAUUAGUACAAGAUUAUAAUCGCAAAAUUAAUGAAUUGGAAAAAAUUGUACGGUUAAAAGAUGCUCUUGAAGAGCAAAAAAUUGUAAUACAAGAUUUACAUACACAAUUAAAUAAUGUGAAUAAUAAAAGUGAACAUGAUAUACAACAUAGGAUAGAAUGUGAAACAAAAUAUUUUAAUGAUAUUAUGGAUUUGAAACGUUCUAAUUGCGAUUUACAUUCAAAAAUUAAUGAAUUAAAUUUAAAAAAUGAAUCCUUAAAAACAGCUAAUCGUGUUUUAAAAAAGAAAUAUAAUGAUAUGGAAAAUAAGUACAGAAUUCAACAUGAGAAAGUUAUCCGUGAUGUAAGUGUUAAUGAAAAAUUGAAAAACCAUUUAACUAAAUUCAUCAAUACAUAUGGAAAAUCCGAAACGCAAUUACAACAAUCGCAAUCAGCAUCUCAAUUAGAUGUAUGUUUAAAAAUAAUAUCAGAAUUACGCAAUGAAAAAUCAGCACUCGAAGCUGAUAAUAUAGCAUUAACUGAAGAAAUAUCACGAUUAAAUACAGAGCUGUACGAACGUUGUCAAGAAAAUACAUCAAAACAACAAAAGAUCGAUAACUUAGAAAAAGAAAUGAUUGAACUUGAUAAAAGUCGUAAUGAAUUACGUGCUGAAUCAAAACAAGUGUUGGAGAAUGUACGUAAUUGGAUUCAAGAGCAACGACAAAUGAAUUCAAUUCUAAAUGAAAACAUGAGUCAAAAAUGUGCUGCUUUAGAACGAUUUAAAAAAGAACGAUUAAAUUUGUUGAAUGACAUUGAUAUGCUUAAACAAACAAACCGUCAACUGAUAUCCGAAAAUAGUUUACUAAAACGAAAACUAUGUCAAUGUGGACCACCACCAGCAUUAAAAUUGCAGCACGAAUUCGAUGAGAGUCCAUGCAAAAUGUUUAAUUCAUCUAUUUCAUCGUUGGACACAACUAGCAUUUCAACAUCAGAAAAUCAAAGCAUUAUUUGCAUUCCACCACAUUCACAUCCGCAUUGCCACGAUCCAAAUUUAAAAUUUAUGUAAAACAUGAAUACAUGGACUAAACCAUGUCUAAAAAAAUUUUCGACUACUAAAAUAUUCGUAUCGCCAUUUGAUCGCGGUGCAAGAAAACACA